AUGCAGCUAGGUUUACCGCAAAGCGAUUCGAUUCAGAUUCGCGAAGUGUGGAACGAUAAUCUUGAAGCAGAGUUCGCUUUAAUUCGGGAAAUCGUCGAUGCUUAUCCUUACAUAGCCAUGGACACGGAGUUCCCUGGAAUUGUUCUUCGUCCUGUUGGUAGUUUCAAAAACAGUUACGAUUUUCAUUAUCAAACCCUAAAAGACAACGUCGACAUGCUCAAGCUCAUUCAAUUGGGUCUCACUUUCUCCGAUGAGCACGGGAACCUUCCAACUUUCCGCGACGAUGACGAUGAUAAGUUCUGUAUCUGGCAAUUCAAUUUCAGAGAAUUCAAUGUGAAUGAGGAUAUUUUUGCAAAUGAUUCGAUAGAGCUUUUGAGACAGUGUGGGAUUGAUUUCGAGAAGAAUAACGAGAACGGUAUUGAUGCUCGGAGAUUCGGUGAGCUUUUGAUGUCUUCUGGGAUUGUUUUGAAUGAUAGUGUUCAUUGGGUAACUUUUCACAGUGGGUAUGAUUUUGGUUAUUUGUUGAAGUUAUUGACAUGUCAGAAUUUGCCAGAUACUCAAGUUGGGUUCUUUAAUUUGAUCAACAUGUAUUUCCCUACUGUGUAUGAUAUCAAACAUUUGAUGAAGUUUUGCAAUAGUCUUCAUGGAGGGUUGAACAAGCUUGCGGAGUUGUUGGAGGUCGAGAGGGUAGGGAUUUGUCAUCAAGCAGGUUCCGACAGUUUGCUCACAUCGUGUACAUUCAUGAAAUUGAAAGAGAAUUUCUUUAGUGGAUCUUUGGAGAGAUAUGCAGGGGUAUUGUACGGGUUAGGUCUUGAGAAUGGACAGAGUACUCACUAA